GCAAAAAGUGUUCCCUGUCGCGCUCCGGAGCGGCGGAUGGCGGUAGAGAGGAACCCCGGCCCCAGAGCGGAGACCGAGAGAGACGUGAACACAAACACCGACGCCCCGCGGACCCGGAGCACUCCAACGCGCGGCGUCUCAGCGGCUCGAAGGUUUGAGGCUGGAGUCGGGCUGAGCUGCUCAUGGGUGCCUCUGUGUGCCGGCACGGCCGCCGGAUGCUGUCCCGUCACAGCAGGCCCGCUCACAAGGGCUCUCUGAUGGGUGGGGAUGACUCUCUGGACGGCCUGGACAGACAGGAGGACAUCGCUCAGUUUCCCUACGUGGAGUUCACGGGCCGAGACAGCAUCACCUGUGCUACCUGCCAAGGGUCCGGACGCAUCCCAUCAGGGCAGAUGAACGAGUUGGUUGCUCUGAUCCCCUACAGCGAUCAAAGGUUACAGCCGAGGAGAACGAAGCUGUACGUGGUGCUGUCAGUGAUUUUGUGCCUGCUGGCGUCUGUUUUGGUGGCGUUCUUCCUGUUUCCGCGUCCUGUGCUGGUUGUAGACGAUGGCAUCCGCUCUGUGACUGUGCAUUUUGACCGUAACAACAGCAAAGUGAUCAUCAACAUGACGAGCUCUCUGAACGUCACCAACUCUAAUUUCUUCACGGUGUGGGUGGACAGCGUGAGCUGCCAGGUGCUCUACAUGAAGACAGUCAUCGGAUCUCAACAGCUUGACAAUGUCAUCCACAUUCAACCUCUCAGCCAGAGACAGGUCAACUUCACUGUCAGCAUGGAGAUCGGAGGAAGUCUCUCUUACGUUUAUGCCUUUUGCACCAUGGCAAGCAUCAAGGUCCACAACAUUGUGGUGUUUAUGCAGACCUCUGUGAAAACCUCCUACAUGUUGCGGGCGGCACAGAACACGCUGGAAGCGUACCGCUACAUCGACUGCGGCGCUAACUCCACCGUCCACCAGCCCUCAGGACUGGUCUGGUCUAAACCUCACUUCCCUCAGGAUGGGAAAGCGCUCGGGUGAAGACGGUUUGAUUCUCCGGAGCAGCUCAGUUUCUUCCGUUCUGCCUCCGGAUUUUGUGCCGCACUGAAACCGAACCCACUCAACAGAGCAGCUGUGAUGUAAGAACCGAUCCCUCAGCGCUGAUAAUGAUGGUGCGAUAACUACUAAAUGAGAAACGGAGCUCUCUUCUUAAAGCCUUUGCCAUCUGAAGAGCUCUAGCGUUAAUCUGCAGCCUACAAUAACGGGUGUUAUAUUAUUUUGCAUUGAUUGGUAAAAAAGGAGAUUUAAAUAAUUGAUUUGUCAAUGACGAGGUUCUGUGGGAUGUACUUUAAGUGCAGUGCCAAAGAUUUCAAGAGGUUUCUGCAAUUGGGUAUUGAAGUGACACUCUCGGCAAAAUCAGCCACAAAGAUGAAUUAUAAAAUAAAAAUGACGUGCUUAGGCUAAAUUCAGCAUUUUGUUGUGUUAAGGGAGCUGUUACUAAACAGUUAAGAGUAUCGCUUUGCUCCUGUGAUGCCAUGAAAACUCAAUGUUUUGUUUACACUCAAACUUUAGGGCUUUCACCAAGUUUUUAGACCAAAGUAUUAGACACUCUGUAACUGAGAAUCAGCUUACUGGCGUAGUCCCUGAAAAAAAGGUACAAAAGCUAUUUUUUUGGUUAUUAUCUUUUCAAAAGGUACAGAUAUAGGGACUGAUAUGUAUAUGUUUUAUGCUAAUAUAUAACUUUAAAGUACCAAUAUUACAUGUAAAAGUGGUGCAAAGGUGUACUUUUUGGAAGAGAAAAAAAGCCCACCACAGUAACAGCUUUUGUAUCUUUUUUUUGUAUAGGUUUAAGAAGGGCGUUUGUUUCUACCUGAAUUUGCACAUUUGGAUAAUUUAUUGCUAUUUUUUUAUAUUUAAUCUCCUUAUCGUGCCUUGAGAUUUGAUUGUGUUUUUCAUUGUAUAAAGAUGAUAAUAAAAAUGCUUAAAAGCA